AUGAAUAUGAAAUUGUUGAUUUUGUUUUGUAUUUUUCUAAAUUUCUCGAAUUGUCAAUAUGGAUAUGGAUUAUAUUCGGGUCUUUACGGACUUGGUGGAUACGGUUUGGGUUACGGUGGAUAUGGUUUAGGAUACGGUAAUCUCUAUGGAGGAUAUGGAAAUAGUUUGUUGGGCGGAAAUUUGUACAGUAAUCCUUAUGGAUCAAAUUAUUGGAAUUGUCGGUGAGCAAAACUCUCAAAAGAUUAUAAAACACAUUUUUGUUAUUUUCCAGAAAUUGGGGACUUUACGGAAAAAAGAAGUGA